AUGCCCGUCCCAGAAAAAGCUUUUGUCAAUCUGUUCUGGGGGCACAAGGACGACGGCUUUGCUGCCAUACAGAUGAAAAUCAAGACAUCGCUCCGGACGGUCCACGAACUUCUCAAUUUCUACAAAGAAAAAAUCGCCAUUGAGAAAGACUACAACAAACGACUCAGCAAGCUCUCCUCGGCCAUGACGUUGGGAUCGGGCGAAACUGGCAGCUUGAAAAUCGCGCUAGACAAGUUACAGAAUGAGUCCGGCAAUAUGAUUGUCCAGAACCAACAUUUCAUUUCCAGUGUGCUGCUGCAGAACUACGAAAAGCUCCAUCAGUUCUACCAGAUGUACCACAAGAACACCGCCAAAAUCGAAAGCCACAUGCUAAAGGUGCUUCAAAAAAAGAAGGACCUUGCGCUAUAUCUUGAAACAGCCAAAGAGAAGUUCCGGGUUGCAUGCAGCCAGCAGAAAACACUAACGCUUCUUUGCCAGACGACCUGGGGCAAGGAGCUCGAAAAAAACACAGCCAGAUUACACAAGGUGCAGCUGAGUUUGCAGGUCUGCGAGACGACAUACCAGCAGGCAGUGCAGAAGUACGCCGAAAUCCACGGAAUCUGGGUCCGCGACUGGUCCAUAUCCUUGCUGAACAUAUACCAGUUGGAAAUCGAGCGGAUCCAGAUAUGCAAGCUCAAUUGCUUUGCGUUUUGUAAUCACGUGGCCUCCUUAUGUGUGGAAUGGGACCUGGCCGUUGAUAAUGCCCGCUCCACCUUUGCCAGAAUUGGGGCUCCUAAAGAUGUGUCUGAUUUUGUUGAUGGCUACGGCACAGGCAGCCGAAUCCCAGUGCCUCCUGUCUAUGUGGAUUUCCUCAACGGAUACGACGACGACGAUUCUCCCAAGUUCACCGUGGCAGAGUUCAAGGACCCGGACUACUCGCACAUUUUAUCGAGAACCUUCUCCACCCAUUCCACAGUGAUCAGCAAAACAAACGGGGCUGAAAACGACCCCCAGCAAUCCACCAAGCCCGUUGCUAAGAAAUCGCCGCCGCCAAUCGAAAAACCACUUCCACCAACUGCAGAUCAAGUGUCGGCAAAGAAAAACGCCGCAAGCACGCUACUUAAUAUACCGGGAGGUCAUGCCAAAAAACUAGGCGAAGCACUCCAAAAACAGCCCUCCCACAACAGCAACUACACGUCGGCAACAGAAGAUGUUUUUGACAAGCAGCCCCACAUGCACAACUCUAACACUCUGUCGGACUACUCGCUGCCAACGAAUUACUCGGGCCACACCGGGCGAAGCUGGUCUUCUCCGCGUAAGAGACUGCCGCAAGACGUGCAGAAAGAAAUCAACCGCCGCCUGCAAGAUGUGUCGGAGGCUUUUGCCGCGCCGCCUGCCACGCACAAGCAGGAAAAGCGCAAAAGCGUGCCCAUCGCCAAGGACUUCCUGAUUGACUUCAUUGCCAAAGCUUUGGAGGACCUCAAUGCCGGCGGCGAUGGUGACAUGAACCGGUUCCGCCGGUCUGUGCGUCUAGAAAGCGAGACUGCAGCAGAUCACCAUGCCGAGCCUCUUCCUGCACUGGACUUUGUGGACGAUUCAACUGAGACUGCAAGGCGCUUUGAUUCCAUCAAAUUCCGCUCCCCCGGAAGUAAGCUGAACUCGCACACGCUGCCUGCCAGAUCUAUGCCUUAUACCGUGACUGACGACAACUCUCUAGAUACGGUGGUCAAGAAAGCGCCGGCAAAUGCAAGCCCCAUGCAGACGCGCUCGUUGCUGCAAUCGCCCACGAAAUCGUACAUGAACUUGCUGAAAAUCGUGGCUCAGAUGACGCCCGUGACACGCAAUAAGUACGAGACAAAGGCCGUGGCCAAGUAUAACUACGUGGCACGUGAGCAGGGCGAGCUCUCCUUCAAAAAAGGGUGGCACAUGUUCAUUAUCCACAAGCAAGAGGAUAACUGGUACGUGUGUGAGUUGGGUGAAAACUGUGGCAAGGAGCGCGGCUCGGUUGGGUUGGUGCCAUAUAAUUAUAUCGUGGAGGGCGACCGGGUAUUUUGA